AUUGACUAAACCUCGCCGUUCUGGUGUUUGGCUUUCGGUUUUGUGUAGGUUGAUUGCAGAGAGACAGAUAGCAAGAGAAAAAAAGAAAGAAAAAAAGAAAAGAAAGAAUGGGGAGGAGGAUAUUAAACGAUGCGUUGAGGGCAAUGGUGAAUGCAGAGAGACGAGGAAAAGACAGGGUUCAAUUGCAACCUAUUUCAACAGUCAUGUCUUCUUUUCUCAAGAUUAUGAAAGAUCGAGGAUAUAUCAAGAACUUUCAGGUGUAUGAUCCACAUAGAGUUGGGAGGAUAACAGUUGAACUACAAGGCAGGAUAAAGGAUUGCAAGGCUCUCACUCAUAGGCAAGACCUCAAGGCAAAAGAUAUAGAAGCAUACCGAUUGCGAGCACUUCCAACACAUCAGUAUGGUUAUGUUGUUAUAACUACUCCAGAUGGUGUACUGGACCACGAACAGGCAAUUGAACGGAAUGUGGGUGGGCAGGUUCUUGGUUAUUUUCAUUAGAUGUCUGUCCGUCCUGCAUUUUUUGAAACUUCUAGAGGGUUGAUGUAAUAUCUACUGUGGAUUGAAGUCUAGAAUAUUUGUAUUGAACUAUGAUGAACCUUAGGAAUAACUUUGAUAUCAAAUAUAUCUCUCCAGUAAUUAAACUGCGAUUGAAUA